GUAGAUGGUAAAAUCAUGCAACGGACCUCGGAAGCAUGUAUGACUGAAAAGAAGUUAAUGGAUGAACUGUUAAUCGCAUGAUUGGUUUAGUGUGGCGAAACUUCAGAUGCUGUAAAAAUUAACGUGUACUUGGAACCUUGUACUGUUCUCUUAUUAGACCUCGAUUGGAGUAUUGUACUCUUGUUUUUAACUCAAUUUCUCAAUCACAAUCUGACCGACUAGAAAGACUACAAAGGCGUUACAAUCAAGGUGAUGUUACGCAUUUGGAAAUGUGUAAAUUAUUUAGCUUACCAACUCUUGCCCAGAGGAGAGAAGUUAACGAUUGCUUGUUCCUCUACAAACAUACCCACAGCAAGUAUAAUUUAACCACUGCUAAUCCUUUCAGUUUUCAUGUUCCAGAACGUUGUACUAGAUCAGCUUCCAAGCACAUCAUGCAUGUUCCCAUGAGCCGAGUUGAAAACAAAAUAAUAAUAAUUAAGUCUAUUGUAUUUUGGGUUAUAUAAUUGUCGAAACAAAAAACUAAAUCAUAAGACGGAAAUAAUGAGAAUCAGGCAUGGAAAGACCACUUAGAAAAAUAGAUCUUAAAGCAUCUUACUGCGACUGAAACCACGCACAUGUCCCUAAUGAUAUUCAGAACGGACAACUGAAUCUAGUGUGAUAGCCUGUGUUGUUUAAAGAUGGGCAGGAUAUUGGCUGGAUACUCUUAUAAAACAAGGAGAAUAUGACGUUCGCAUCGUGUUGUGUCACGGCAACCAAAGUCUCUCGUUCUUAUAAUAUAUUGUUUGACUUCCUGUAUAAUCCCAACGACGCUUAACGUCUUCAUUUUCAAUAUUGGACUUGAAAUGACAAAAGGAAGUUAUUUACUCAAGUAUCGCUGCUUCAAGUUGCCAAUUCAACGUCUGAUCACGAAGAGGCGAUCUCUUAACCUUCGGAUGCCUCAAUCGCUAUGACUUAGCUGCUUACACGACAAGACACACCAAACUUUACUCUUAAAUAACUCUAUACCGUGUAAGAGCCUCACAAGAUGAGUAGCAUUGAUGGCCAGGAUAAUGGGCAGCAAGGAUGGUCAGCCGAGGGGGCCUUCGAGGACCAGGUAUGGUUACGGGCCGUCUAUGGUAUCAUAGCUGUACUAGGGAUCACCGGUAACUUCUUGGUCAUGUUUACUGUAGCAAGGGUACCAUCGCUACAAAAUCUAACCAACAUGUUCAUCGUGAGUUUGGCCGUCUGUGAUUUCAUCGUAUCCGUUUUCCUCAUACCGCUACAUCUCGGUUUUGUGAUUCCCGUACCCAAGGGCUUUGGUGGUGAGCUUCUGUGCCGUCUUCUUCUCUCCAAGUUCCCUCUGUGGGCAAGCUUUGUCUCCUCUGUGCUGUCAUUGACUUGCGUUACCUUAGAAAGGUACUUCAGUAUUGUGCAUCCUUUAAGAUAUGAAAUCAUGAGUAAUUUGCAUAAGAGUGCCAUGGCUAUGCGCCAAUCACUGAGCGAUGGCAGAGAGAACCAGCUAUCCAGGGAUCUUCUUCGUGCUCGUAAGAAAGUCAUCAAGAUGCUACUGAUCGUAGUGGUGACAUUUGCGAUUUGUUGGGCACCAAAUCAGUUUAUGUUCUUCGCCUACAUGUGCGGUUGGAACCUGGACUUCUCCGCUUGGUAUUACCACGCAAGUGUACUGAUAGCAUUCUGUAAUUCCUGCGUGAACCCGUUCAUUUAUGGGUUUCAAAGUAAGCAGUAUCGCAGAGCGUUUCUGCAGGCAUUAGGUAGUCCCAAAUGCUGCCAUAACGCGGUUGGUGGUCAACAGAGGGCGUCUGGGGGUGUGAUGAGUGUAUCUGGUGGUACUGCUGGGAUUAGAGAGCACUAUGCUAAUAAUAACAACAACCCUUGUUCAACUAGGGGAUACCAAAACUCUCACCAUGCACUCUAA